GGGGCAGGCCUUCUCGGCCGCCGUAGUUGAUUGAAUAAACGGUUCCUCAGCAACGAGAAAAAACAACUAGAUCCAUCGCCACCAGCUCUAGGAGAAAGAAGAGGUACAGUAGGCAGUUCCUUCCAAGAAGAUGUCGAUCCCAUUCUCCAACACCCACUACCGAAUUCCACAAGGAUUUGGGAAUCUUCUGGAAGGGCUGACGCGUGAGAUUCUGAGGGAGCAACCGGACAAUAUACCAUCUUUCGCAGCAGCAUAUUUUGAGAAGCUUCUAGAGAAAAGAGAGAAAACCAACUUUGAUCCAGCAGAAUGGGGGGCUAAGGUAGACGACCUCUUCUACAACAAGCAUGCAUUCAAGGAGCAAGAGCCACCUGAGAAAGAAAAGUCGCAGACAUCUGUGACAGAGGAGACACCGGUCACAGUCGUGGAGCUUCCUGAAGAAGAUAAGGAGAAAGAGGAGAACGCUGCUAUCAAAAUCCAGGCCGUUUUCCGGGGACACUUAGCCAGAGAGGAGGUGAAGAAGAUGAAAGAUGGUGAAGUUCAAGAAGAGAAAACACAGGAAGACAACUGAGGAGACUGGUUUGGCCCCCAAAAAGGCAUGAAAAGAGAAUUCAAAUCCAUCAAACUUGUGUGAUUGUCUUUUUUUUUUUUCCUUAGUAAGGGAGAUUCGAUGUAGUGAAGUAACAUUUGUUGCUGUUGUGAAAAUCUGUCGUGAGCGUUUGUUUAAUAAACAUGCCAUUGAACACA